GGCUGUUUACGAAAGCGCCCGACUUGAACCGAUGCUGUGUCUGGCUUGUUUCGGUGCAACCGUACACUCACAUCGCCCUGUACUUACAUGGCCACUCGUCAGCUCUACUCGCACCUUGCUCUUACUUCAAGUCAAACCCUACACGACUUCUACCUUUACCUCUAGAUCUGGGGUCCUUACUGUAACAGCUAUACUAGGGCUUUUCUCUAACGAACGGGCACCUGCAAUCAUCAUCAUACCAGUCGCCCACAAAUCGCGCCCAGAAGCCUUAUUUUAACAGCAAAGCCUAGCAAGCAAGCUGAGCCACGAAUCUCAGACCAUUACUGCAAUCUAGAGCUCGGCCAGUAUGCCGUCGCAGCUGAUGUCAGAAUUGCAUACUACAAGAUGUCGGCGAGAUACUAUCCGGUCAGUAAGGUACAAGACGCUACCCAAAAUGCUGCAGAUCUUCAUCUGGCCAGGAUUCCUUUCUUCUUAAUGUCC